GGCGGCGGCGGGGCCCGGCGUCCGCGGGUCGUGGGGGAUGGGGGCGGCGAGUUGGAGCCCGCGGCGGCGGCCGCGGCGGCGACCGUGAGUGCGGGGCGGGCGUCCGCUUCCGGAACGCGGGAUGGAGCGCCGAGUUUUUAUGACUGCUCUGUGAAAGGAUGAUUGCUCACAAACAAAAAAAGACAAAGAAAAAACGUGUUUUGGUACCAGGCCAGCUUUCUACUGAUGUUACAACUUCUGAAAUGGGGCUCAAGUCUAUAAAUUCUAAUACCAUUUUUGAUCCGGAUUACAUCAAGGAGUUGGUGAAUGAUAUCAGGAAGUUCUCCCAUAUGUUGUUGUAUUUAAAAGAAGCUAUUCUUUCAGAUUGUUUCAAAGAAGUCAUUCAUAUACGGCUGGAUGAACUUAUCCGUGUUUUAAAGUCAGUAAUGAAUAAACACCAGAACCUCAAUUCCGUUGAGCUCCAGAAUGCUGCAGAAAUGCUUGCCACGAAAGUGAAAGCUGUGAACUUCACUGAAGUUAAUGAAGAAAACAAAAAUGAUCUCUUCAGAGAAGUGUUCUCUUCCAUAGAAACCUUGGCUUUUACCUUUGGGAAUAUUCUUACAAACUUCCUCAUGGGAGAUGUAGGCAAUGACUCAUUACUGCGACUGCCCGUUUCCCGAGAAAAUAAGUCUUUUGAAAAUGUUUCUGUGGAAUCAGUCGACUCAUCCAAUGAAAAAGGAAAUUUUUCUCCUAUAGAACUAGACAGUGUGCUGUUAAAGAACACUGACUCUAUAGAGUUGGCUUUGUCAUAUGCUAAAACCUGGUCAAAGUAUACGAAGAACAUAGUCUCGUGGGUUGAAAAAAAGCUUAACUUGGAGUUUGAGUCCACUAGAAAUAUCGUCAAGUUGGCAGAGGCAACUAGGACUAACAUUGGGCUACAGGAGUUUAUGCCACUGCAGUCUCUAUUUACCAAUGCUCUUUUGAAUGAUAUAGAAAGUAGUCAGCAGUUACAGCAAACAAUUUCAGCUCUCCAAGCCAACAAAUUUGUGCAGCCUCUACUUGGGAGGAAAAAUGAAAUGGAGAAACAAAGGAAAGAAUUAAAAGAACUUUGGAAACAGGAACAGAAUAAAAUGCUGGAAACGGAGACAGCUCUUAAGAAGGCAAAAUUGUUAUGCAUGCAACGACAGGAUGAGUAUGAAAAAGCAAAAUCGUCCAUGUUUCGUGCAGAAGAGGAUCUUUGUUCAAAUAGUGGUGGAAUAGUGAAAAAUCUCAACAAGCAGUUAGAGAAAAAGCGAAGGCUGGAAGAAGAGGCUCUUCAGAAAGUGGAAGAAGCAAAUGAAUUAUACAAAGUUUGUGUGACUAAUGUUGAAGAAAGACGAAAUGAUCUGGAAAAUACCAAAAGAGAAAUUUUAGCACAACUUCGGAAACUUGUUUUCCAGUGUGAUCUUACCCUUAAAGCUGUGACAGUGAACCUGUUCCAGAUGCAGCAGCAGCAGGUCUCCUCCCUCGCAGGCAGGUUGCAGACUCUGUGUGACAGUGCCAAACUCUAUGAUCCAGGCCAGGAGUACAGUGAGUUUGUGAAGGCCACAAGUUCAACUGAAGAAGAGAAAGUUGAUGGGCAUGUAAAUAAGCAGUCAACAGGUAGCCCCCAAACCUCUGGGUAUGGACCAUCUGACUCGUUAGAGGACGUUGUUCGCCUUCCUGACAGUUCUAGUAAGAUGGAAGAAGACAGAUGUUCUAACAGUGUGGACAUGACAGGUCCUUCUUUCACAAGGUCGUGGACAUUUGGGAUGUUCAGUGACUCUGAGAGCACGGGGGGAAGCAGUGAAUCUCGAUCUCUGGAUUCAGAAUCUAUAAGUCCAGGAGACUUUCAUCGGAAACUUCCACGAACUCCAUCCAGUGGUACCAUGUCUUCUGCAGAUGAUUUAGAUGAAAGAGAACCUCCUUCCCCUUCAGAAGCUGGACCUAAUUCCCUUGGAGCAUUUAAGAAAACAUUGAUGUCAAAGGCAGCUCUAACUCACAAAUUUCGCAAAUUGAGAUCCCCCACGAAAUGUAGAGAUUGUGAAGGCAUUGUGGUAUUUCAGGGUGUUGAAUGUGAAGAGUGUCUCCUUGUUUGUCACCGAAAGUGUUUGGAGAAUUUAGUCAUCAUUUGUGGCCAUCAGAAACUUCUGGGGAAAACACACUUAUUUGGAGCAGAAUUCACCCAAAUUGCCAAAAAGGAACCAGAUGGCAUUCCAUUUAUACUCAAAAUGUGUGCCUCAGAGAUAGAAAGUCGAGCAUUGUGUCUGCAGGGAAUUUAUCGUGUAUGUGGAAACAAAAUAAAAACUGAUAAACUGUGCCAAGCUUUGGAAAGUGGUAUGCAUUUGGUAGACAUUUCAGAAUUCAGUUCUCAUGACAUCUGUGACGUCUUGAAAUUGUAUCUCCGACAGCUCCCAGAACCGUUUAUUUUAUUCCGAUUGUACAAGGAAUUUAUAGACCUUGCAAAAGAGAUCCAUCGUGUAAAUGAAGAGCAGGAGACAAAAAAAGGUGUCUCUGAGGACAGAAAAUGGUCAAGCACUUGUAUAGAAAUAAACCGAAUUCUUCUAAAAAGCAAGGACCUCCUAAGACAAUUGCCAGCAUCAAAUUUUAACAGUCUUCAUUUCCUUCUAGCACAUCUUAAACGGGUUGUAGAUCAUUCAGAAGAAAAUAAGAUGAACUCCAAAAACCUGGGGGUCAUCUUUGGACCAAGUCUCAUUAGGCCUCGGCCCACCACUGCCCCUGUCACCAUCUCCUCUCUUGCUGAAUAUUCUAAUCAAGCACGACUGGUCGAAUUCCUUAUUACUUACUCACUGAAGAUCUUCGAUGGGUCUCUGCAGCCGCAGGAUGUUGUGUGUAGUCCUGGGGUUGUUGUACCUCACGCUGAUCAGAGUUGCUCUCCAAAGCCUCUGUUAUCACCGGAAGAGAGAGAAUCAGAACAUUCCAUGAAGCCACUGUUUUUCUCUUCAAAGGAAGAUAUCCGUACUUCAGUCAGUGAGAGUAAAAAUUUGGAACCAGUGACAUUAUUUGAGGAGUCAGAACGCAAGCAAAAUGUAUUAGAAAAGCAUGAUACAUCUUUCAUUGACUCCGUGCAUUUGCUUGCAGAUGAGGAGCCUGAAUCAGCAGCACAAAAGAUGGAAACAGUCUGUAAAAUGUCCAAACAACUCCCUCUGAAAUCUGAUAGGGAAAUAAACUCGGUUGGGAGGCAUAUUCCAAGGACCAAGAUGAGACCUGUAAGUUUGCCUGUAGAUAGACUACUACUCCUUUCAAACCCUCCUAACGAGAGAAAUGGAAGAAAUGUAAAUUCAGAAAAGUUUUCCAAGAUUCCUACCGUUGAAGGAAUUCCUGCCUCUCAAGGAUUUAAUAGAAAAGAUACCCCUACUAUUUUUUGUUCCAACUUUGAUGACUUCGACCUACAGAGUCAACCAAAACUCUGGGAAAGAGAAUCUGAACAAAACGACCCAGUUGCAAAGACUCCGAUGGCUUUGUCCAGCUCCCUCCAGGAAAGAGGAGUGAUGAGCAUCAGGCUCAGUGGGGACCAUCCUGUCAGUGCUCCCCAGCCCAGCAAGCCAGGCAUGGAGCCUGUCAGGUCAGCAAAACAAGUGUCUGAAAGACGCGCCUCCGAUUCCUGCCCCGUGGCUGCCAUCAGAGCCCCCAGAACACUGCAGCCUCAGCACUGGACAACAUUUUACAAACCACAUGCUCCCACUGGCACUGCGAGAGUUGGGGAGGAGAAACCUGUGACUGCAGCAGUGCCUCCUGGCACAGCUCCCGCUGCCCAGGGCCAGGUGCUGAGACUAGUUCCAGACUCUGAAAACACAUCCAUUUGUUCUGUGCAGCCGCUUAGUAAACCUAAAGAGAACUCGGAGGACCAUAACUUGCCUGAUGCUCACCCACCCUGUCAGAGACCAAGACUAAAACGAAUGCAGCAAUUUGAAGACCUUGAAGAUGAAGUUCCACAGUUUGUGUAGGGCUGUCAAAAUCCAGCUUUUCUUCUGUUGUUUUGUGGUAUUAUCUUUGUUUUGUAAAAAUGUUUUGAUGGGAAGGUCCCUUUUGUAUAGGAUUGCAGGAUCAUGGAUUUUGCUUGCUGUCAUUCAUUGUAUUGUAUGGUCUUAUCCAUGGUAGAAUGUUUUGAUAGGGCUGAAACGGUGCCUUCCUGGAAAAUUAUCUUUAAAUCUGUAUUUUUGAAGUUGUGAAUAAAUAGGUGGAGUCAUUUUUUUAAAGAGUUUAGUUGAUUGCCCUCCCUAAAAUGGUCCAUUUAAAUGCAUCCCUAAUAUAUGAUAUAGUGCUCAACUAAUAGGUGCAAUUGGGAAAAAGCAACUUUAUUUUUUGAAGUGAAAAUAAGUAUUUAUGAAAAAGAAUGUUUCUGAAUGCAAGUGCCUGAAAGACCUUUGUUUGGUAUUAUUGUUUUUUUUUUCCCCACAAGUUUUUAGCACAGCUUUGACCAUCUGUGCUUUAAUAGUAUGUAUAUAAUCUGUUGUUUUUUUUUUAAUUUGGCUAGCAAUUCACUUUUUAAUGUUCGCAUUUUGUCCAAAAGACUUGCAAAUACAUAUGUAACUGCAUUUCAGUUACCUGUUUUUACAUGUGGUAGUUGAAUUGUACAAAGAAAAUGCACUUAAGCUGUUUCUAAAAUAUGUGGCUCAGUUAUGUCUUAUUUGACUUUAGGUAGUUGUAAUACAUUUAAUAAUUUUUUUUACCCCUGCAACUUGUUCUACACAAAUUUUAUAAGAUGGUCCAAAAUGUUUUAAAUUCAAUACAUUUCCUCUUGAUUUUUUCUGCAUUUUUAAAGCUAUACUUUUUGUAUAAAAUAUUUUCAUUUAUGAAUAAUUUUAUGUGCAUCUUCUACCUGUACCUUUAUCUUAACCUGGACUUUAACCACUGACAAUGUAUGUUUCAUCUGAAUCAUGCAAAGAUUUAUUUAAGUGGAUUCUAAAAGUAUAGUUCAUAGGUCUCUUUGGAAUUUGAUAAAGAAUAUUUGGAUCUAUUUCAUUUGUAAAAUUCCCAAUGUUUAGAACUAAAGCAGUUCUUUCAUUUUUUUCUGGGUCCAGUCAUUGUGCCUAAAAUAGGAUAUAAAAGG